AUGAAAUCUGCCAACACUGCUGCCCCGGCUUUUGCAAUGGUCAAAACAAUGUUUAAAAAUAGGUUUUUUAUCCCUUUUGAUUCGUGGGGUGGUGUGGUUAUUGACAUUGCCAGGAAUAAUGAUAACCUUGCUGCUUUUUUGCCUGUUUUUGAAGAGAAUUGUAGGGUUGCUUUGGAGGAGAAGAUGGAGUUCAUGAAGCCGGAUGCUACUGCUUGCAAUGCUGCUCUUGAAGCUUGCUGUUGUUGCCUUGAAUCGGUAACGGAUGCCGAGAGAGUUGUUGGAAUAAUGUCGAAACUUGGUGUUAAACCUGAUGAGUUUAGUUUUGGAUUUCUUGCUUAUUUAUAUGCACUGAAAGGGUUACAAGAUAAGAUAGAUGAGUUGAAAGUUUUGAUGAAGGGUUUUGGUUACUCGAAAAACAAUAAAUGCUUCUAUUCUAAUUUUAUUAGCGGUUAUGUUAAGUCUGGUAAUUUAGCUUCUGUGGAGUCGAGUUUUCUCAGUAGUCUGAAUGAUAGAGAUGGGGAGGAUGUUUGGAGUUUUGAUAGAGAUACUUUUUGCUUAGUGGUUAAGGAAUAUCUUCAGAUGGGAAAUAUCAAGGGUUUGGCUAAUUUGAUUAUUCAAGCUCAGAAGUUUGAAUCUUCAAAUAUCAAAGUUGACGAGUCUAUAGGAUUUGGCAUUGUUAAUGCAUGUUAG